CUGGUGCCCCGUUUCAAACUUCAGUCCACCGCGGUGACUGGUGACUUGGGCGGGUGAAGAUCCUUCUUCCUACCUAGCCCGACUUUCUUUUUCCGCGAAAAACCGCAAACCAAGAGGUACAUUUGUCCAAUAAAAUGCCUCAAAUCGUGGGACGUAGUGAGCCAGUUUUGGAAUGCUCGUUUUGAUAAAUGAAUUAAUUUUCGGACCUCCUCCUACCACCAUGAAGACCGUCGAAGGGAAAAUUGUACUUUUGGGUUCACAAGGUGUUGGAAAAACAUCCAUGGUUGUCAGGUAUUUGGGAAAAAUGUUCAGCCACCACAUAAGUCCCACAAUAGGAGCGUCAUUUUUCACUUGUAACAUAAACCUCGGUGACACCAAGGUCAAAUUGCAAGUUUGGGACACUGCUGGUCAAGAACGGUUCAGAUCCAUGGCGCCCAUGUAUUACAGAAACGCCAAUGCUGCUCUUUUGGUCUACGAUAUAACUCAGAUGUCUACUUUCAACUCGAUAAAAUCAUGGGUUAAAGAACUUCAAAGAAACGUCGAGGAUCCGAUGAUCUUGUGCGUUGUCGGUAACAAAACUGAUCUUGAAUCUCAACGAAAAGUUCCUAAAGAAGAAGCUAUCCAAUAUGCCACUUCAAUAGCUGCAUGUUACUUCGAGUCAUCAGCACUCAAUGACACUGGAAUUGAGGAUAUAUUUCUCUGCUGUGCCAAUGACCUUAUAACAUUAAACCAAGACCAGUCAGUUUCUUAUAAUACUAACGUUCAAGAAAAAAAUGUUCCAAAUGGGAGACCUAUAUCUCUUCUUUCUGCAACAGAAAAGCGAACAUGUUGCUAAGAGUUUUUUUUGUUUUAAUUUGACUAAAAGAAAAUCACUUUGUUUUAUAUUAUUUUAAAAAACAUGUUUUGUAUGCAUUUUUAAGUGGUGUUGGUGGCUGCAAAGGAACAUGGGGAGAGCCUGUAAAGUUCUAGGUUUUAAUCUCAAUGCUUCAAAUUUAAAUUAAUACUACUUACUAGUACUUUAAAAUUGGCUCUUUUAGUGGAGACACUAGAACUUUGGGGGCUUACUGACCUCUACUGUUAACAUUCCAUUUUUUUUUUUUUUUUUUAGAAGUACUUUUCUGUAUCAAAUGUAUUAUAGCAAAUACAGUAGAAUUUGUUAUUAAAACCAAUGCCGCACUCAAUAUUUGACCAAUAAUUUACUGGACUUAUUUACAUUCUUUUAAGUUGUGAAUAAAAUUUUAAUCUUGUUUGAAAA